AUGGCAAAUCUGAUCGGACGCUCGAAAUUUGAAAAUGCUUUAGUGGAAAAAGCCCUAAGUGGCAAACUAGGGCUUGGGAGCUUGGGCAUGGACGAUCAAGCUAGCGCGAUAGAGGAGGAGUAUAUUUUGUUGGAUUUGGAGGAGGUCUUUCACGGCGGAGCGAUCCCGACCAAUUGUCCAUACACUCUUUCGGGUCUGGACACGCUUAAUCCCAUUCUUACUUUGGGCAAUGGACUGAAGCUUAUCGGAGAGUACGAGGACACUGUCGGGUCCUGCAUUGUUUUCUCUGAAUCUGAUGAGCCAACCGAAACAAUCCGCGACCCGGUUUUCCCCCUGGACAUCGUCGAUCCAACAAAGCAACCGAUCCAAAAAGUAGUCAAGAGGGUUUGCUCGCUGCAGAAGAAGCUUAAGUUUCGCGUCAUGAGUGACAAGGACCAACCUCUCACUGGAGCAACAGCGACGCAAUGAUCUUACCCGCGACGAUUGUGAUGGUAUAAAAAAAUAGGAGCCAUUGGAGGUUCUUUAACUCCCGCAGGUCCUCAAAGUCAGCGAGAUCACUCAUUUAAACAAAAUAUUUUAGCAAAUAUUUACUGCCCCAAGGUACCAUCGUACUUUGUAAGUUGUAGUGCUUUUAAGCUGCUCGCCCCAGAGAUUGUGAAGACCUCGCCUUGUAGUCAUGAAUGGAUGAAUCCAGAGCUCUUUUCUCCAUCA